AAAACAAAAUAAAAAAAUCCGUCUAACCACUCUUACCCCCUCUGCCGUCUUUCUUUUAUCAUCAUUACCAGGUAGAGAGUGUGAAGAAGAGAAUAAUGAAUUGGAUCCUCGAGAGAAUUUAAUUAUCAUCAAUCAUGAAUUAUUUUGACUAGAAACCACUCAGACGAUUCACUCGGGUUUAAUUUAAUUUAACAGCUACAACGGAAUCGAAAUCAUGGGUGCACCGGGAAAGUGGCUUCGGACGUUGGUGGGGAUAAAGAAACAAGAAAAAUCAUCACAGUCUUCAGAAACCAAUGAGAAUAAAAAAGCAUCUGGUGCUCGUUUUUGGCACCGAAGAAGGAACACUGUCGACUUUAUUGGUGAUGGUCUUAAAGACGAGUUUGUUGAGGAUGCAGCUCCUGUAACUAGUGAUCCCAAUUUCCAGUCAUCAACAUCUGAUAUUGCGAGCUCUCCUUCUAGUGUAUUUCAAGUCCAAGUACAACCUGUUGCUCAGGUUCAGGAGAAUAGUCGAGAGGAAUUGGCUGCUACUCGCAUCCAGACAGCUUUUAGAGGGUUUCUGGCUAGACGAGCUCUGAAAGCUUUGAAAGGAUUGGUGAGACUUCAGGCCCUUGUGAGAGGCCAUGCUGUCAGAAAACAAGCUGCAGUAACUCUACGUUGCAUGCAAGCUUUGGUGAGGGUUCAGGCUCGUGUUCGUGCAAGGCGUGUUCGCGUGGCUUUGGAAAGUCAGAUGACGCAACAAAAUAUUCAGCAACAACCUGUUCACGAGACUCGGGUUCGUCAGAUCGAGGAAGGGUGGUGUGACAGUGUUGGUACGGUUGAAGCUAUUCAGUUGAAGAUAAUAAAGAGGCAAGAAGCUGCAGCCAAGCGUGAGAGAGCUAUGGCCUAUGCUAUGUCGCAUCAGUGGCAGGCUGGAUCAAGGCAGCAAAUGGUUUCCACUGGGUUUGAACCCGAUAAAAGCAACUGGGGUUGGAACUGGUUAGAGAGAUGGAUGGCUGUUCGUCCAUGGGAGAAUCGAUUUGGUGACAUUAAUCUUAAAGAUGGAGUUACUGGCCAUGAGACCGAAUCACCUGAGGAAACAAAUGUAACCAUCCCGAAGUUCAGAUCCGCCAACAGGAAAAACAUUGCGCCAAACCUUCAUCCAAAUUUAGUAUCCAUCAAAACCAGCGCAUCUCAAUUCCCAGAUGGAGGUGGUUCAUCAUCCAGCGGGUCACCUACUUUGUCUGGCAAGCCCAAUCCUAACAAGCCUUCUGGGGAAGAGCCAGGUGAAGAAGCCAACUCUCGUCCAUCUGAGCUUGGACCAAGAUCCAACAGCAAUCCUAAAGAGAGACCCUCACUGCAAAAUUCCAAAGCAAAAAAACGCAUGUCCCUACCAAACAGCGGUCUUGGGGGACAAAAGACCAAGAAUCCUAGCAGAGCAAUUACCAACAACACGGCACAAAAUGGGCUGAAGAAGCCAAUCAAGGAAACCUCUAAGCUGGUCAGAAGAAGUGAUCCAAAAGCAUCAAAUUCCGGUUCUUCUCAGGGAGUUUUGAUUGCAAAAUGAGAAUUUGUCUAUAUCUUUAAUAUUUGUUAAUCCAAGUAAAAUUCGUUUUUGAAGGAAUAUCCAAGUAAAUCAGGUGCCACAUUUAUUUCCAUUUGUUGUAUGUAUAUAAAUAUAUAUGUAUUCUGGUGUCACUUCCAUGUCCGGCAUCGUCAGCGUUAGGAUUUCAGUUAUGUUGUAACUAUUCUUCAUCACUGCUCGGUGAUGGUAGUUGUAUUAGUGUCAAGCUUUUAGAGGUUUUAUGUUGUUCUGUUUCAUCGGGUGUGUUGGAGAGGAUAAUUUGUUCAAACAUUGUACUCCAAUGCAUAUGCUUAAUUUGUUAAUGAUUCUGAAACAUAAGAUUGUGGUUUGAGGAUA